UCAACUCUGGCUCAGAUCUCUUUUAACAGGACAGAGUGAAGAACGCAGGCACUGUAAAAAAUGUGAGUUCAAAUGAAAGAGAGUGCAACUCAGAGAGACAGGGUCAGAGAGAAAACCACAGUAAGGUAGUAGAAAGUGUGUAGAAAGUUAGGGUGAGAGAUCAGUCGGAAUCAGUACUAAAAAAGAAUGGGCUGUCUAGUUACCAGUGCUGCUGCUCUUCUCUUAACCUCCAUGCUGGCUUUGCUUUUUGGAGUUUCUUCAGUCCUUGGCCAAGACCUGAGAGAGAGGGAUGCACUAUGUAAUGCUGAUGGCUGCUUUGUGGUCUAUUUCCAAAGAAAAACCUUUUUGGACUCAUGGAGGGCCUGCAAAGAGAGAAGAGGCAAUCUCGCCACCAUCAAACGCAAGGAGGAUGCCACCACUAUUGCAAUUCUUUUCUCAGCUCUGGACUUGCGACACUCACGCACCAAUAUCCAGGUAUGGAUUGGCCUGCAGCGCCAGCCUCGCCAGUGUAGCACUACUCGCCCCCUGAGGGGUUUCUCUUGGACCACUGGUGACCAGGACACAGAGUAUACCAACUGGCAGAAAGAGGACUCCCCUGAUUUGUGUAUGGUGCCACGCUGUGUGGUCAUGGGCUACAGCAUUCUAGAGAAGAAUGAUAAUUUAAAAUGGCAGGAUGGCUCCUGCUCAGUUCCUGCAGAUGGGUAUCUUUGUCAUUAUGGCUUUAAAGGAAUGUGUCCAGCCUUGUGGACCGAAGUUGGAGGCAAUGUCCUUUACUCAACACCAUUUAACCUUCUAAGCACACUGCUAACACAUGUACCCUUCGGAUCUGUCGCUAUUGUGCCGUGCCCCAUAGGCACCAAGGAGGAACAAUCAGUUUUGUGUAUGCUGAAGGAGGAUGGCUCUGUUGGGUGGUCAAGAGAUUCCCCUCUUUGCUCUGAUCCUCUUGUAUCAGACAAAUGGUGCGAUCUGGAUAAUGGUGGAUGUGAGCAUUACUGCAUGCCGGCUGGUGAACACUUCUACUGUGAGUGUGCUGAUGGGUAUCAACUAGGAGAUGAUCGGCAUAGCUGUGAGAUGUCUAUUUGUCAUGGGGCAACCUGUGAGUUUGAGUGCCUGCCCCUUUCAGAUGGGUAUCGCUGUGCCUGCCCUGAAGGAUACAUGCUCGGGCCAGAUGAAAUUGCCUGUCUGGAUGUAGACGAGUGCCUCCAGAGUCCUUGUGAACAAAUUUGUGAGAAUGCUCCAGGGACAUUUGAAUGUCGAUGUCGGGAAGGUUACCAUCCAGAUGAUGAGGGUGGAUGUGAGGAUAUAGAUGAGUGUAUAAAUGACCCAUGUGAACAUGCUUGUGAGAACACUCAAGGCUCUCAUAUCUGCCACUGCCAUCUGGGGUUCUCCCCAGUACCCGAAGACACAAAACGAUGCCAGGACUCUGAUGAGUGCCAGAUCCCUGGGACCUGUGAGCAGAUGUGUGUGAAUUAUGAUGGUGGAUUCGAGUGCUUCUGUGAGGAAGGUUAUAAACUCAUGCCUGAUCAACACUCAUGUCAGAAGAGCGGUGAAGGAGAUGACCAUUCUCCUUCACUCUCCUCUCCUUUUCCUUGGGUCACCCACCAACCUGAGCCUGUAUGGGACCUCAUGGAAUAUGACUGGAAUCUGCCGCAGAGCCACACUGACUGGCCCCCAGAGGAGGAGCAAUCUCUGAACUGGCUGACUGAUCCACCCACAGUUUUGAAAUCUGAUGUCAUUUGGGUCACCAGCGCUCCACAUGAGGAACUGCCCUUUUAUUCUUCAGUGGACUCUUUGACACUGGGGGAUGAGAAUGAUGAGAAAGCCACACACAUUAAUGGAGAUGAUUGGUUAGAGUGGGGGCAGAAACCUCAGCCUGACCUGGAAGUUUUUCAAAGCACCAUCUCGACCACACCUCCACCAGACACCAGCUCUAGCACUGAACCAGACUCAUAUGAAGAUGACAAGGAGACCACCACAGCUCUUCCCUCCCUUUCCAGCUCUACAAUCUCUGAGGGAGCUUGGAAUUGGUGGUCCAGCCUCACGACUUCAAGCCAUAAACCAGGAAAUCCAGAGGAUUUAGUCACAAACCACAACAUGACUAAGGAUUCCAGCUACCGCAACAAGGGAGACGAAGAACAGUUCCCAGAGGAGUUGGGGGAGGAGAAAAAUGACGAACCAACAGUUCUCACAGAGCUUACCUCUUCCCAGCCAACCUCGAGCGGGGCUGUACAGAGCAGAGACACCAUGGAUUCUGAUCAGGAAAACAGUGGGCAUAAACACAGCAGCACUUGGCUUCUGGUGGGACUACUAGUGCCCAUCUGUAUACUAAUAUUGGUGAUGCUGACACUGGUCUUUGUCUAUUGUACUCACUCUGGUCUUCGGCCACGCAGUAAGAAUGUCACUGACUGCUACCACUGGAUUUCUGGGUCUCAUGAUCCACAGGGAGCUCCUAACCCCUCAGCAGGGGUCAAGACCUGUGUUUAAACAGAGAAGAGAGAAACUGGCAUUCAAAUAAAUUGUCUCUUUUUCAGAGGUAAGCCCGAGGGAAUAAUGAACCUGCUAAGGAACUGCCCGCUCUGAGCGUAUAUAGAUAUGAUGCUUGAAUAUCAACUAAUAGAGGUAAUGAAGACACACUGAAAAUCACUGACCUUUUUGGGACACAUUAUCUAUGUGGUAAAAAACUGCUUAGAGGUUUUAACAUUGGACAAUGUUAUAUUAUCAUAAAACAUACAAUCUUCAGUUGUAAUGUCAAAAAAUAUUUUAAUAUCUGGGGAUACUGUUUGUAGACAUUUAUUCAUUUCAUUUACAAAAUCUCUUUCAUACAAGAUCCUCAGGCUCAGUUAAUUUAAUUUCUAUAUCACUAAAGACAUAUGUUAUUCUCAACCGCUCACAUCAACAAUGGGAAAGAAGAAACUCUAGGCCAAUAUUCCUUCAAGAAAAAAGACAUUCUGUAGUCACAUGAUAUUGCUGGAAAAAUAAUCAUUUGUUUCAUUUUUUCAUGUGUUGAAUACUUCAUGAGCGACUGAAACCACCUUUGUGUAUUGUGGUUCUAUUGUAUUUAUAUUUUGUUUCAAACUUGUUUCAAAUUUUCAAGUAAAUUCAACAAUUGUAAUACAUAAAUGACAAAGUUUAUGGACCCCAUAAACCUAGUGAAAUACAGAGGAAUGUCUGUCUACACAUGGGAAGAUUUUCCCCCACUGAUGUCCAGUUUAACAGCACCUAUCCUUUUCUGACUUUUUUUUUUUUAAUAAAAGUUGAAGAACAGAUGUUCACAAUGCACAAGGAAUGUUGUGGGAGCUGGUAGCUGAUAUUAGUCAUGAUGUUAGAAUUGCCAUCAAUCACCUUUCCUAACCUUACUUCAUUAAUACAAGAAGUCUAUGUCUUAGUCAAUGCUUUAAUUGUUCAAUUGUGGAUCGUCAAUGUGAAACUCUGUAGUUUCUUCUGAAACUUCUUUUUGUAAAAUGUUUUUCAAUUUAUGGUGAAAAUUAAAGUUGACAAUUUCAGAUCCCAGAUUACAAAACUUUAAGUAGCAGUUCCCAUUGGAUUUUAAGGUGUAUCAUUUUUAUAAAACAAAUGGGGAAAAAAACAAAUGAAAUAAACCUAAGCACUAAUUUACUUUUUUUUUACUUAAUUUACAUUUAGUGCCAUUUCAAAUUCAGAAAGAAAAUAUUGUUUGAUAGACUGUGAAAUAUAAGAAACAUCUAAUGUAAAUUGUUAGGUUUUUAUAUUAUUAUGUGAAGAAAUCUUGAA